UUAAAGACCAAAAGGAGAAGGGUGGAGGGGAGAGGACCGAUAAUUUGAAGACUUGCCAGGGGUACAUUGUCAAAUUCAAAAGGCAUUUCAAAGAACCAAACCAUUCACUUUUUUCAGUCUCUCCUAUUUUUUCUUUCUCUCUGUGUUUCUUUCUUUGCGCCCGGUUGCAGGCCGUUUGAAUCCACCAAUGGGCUUUCAAGUUGGAGACAUUGGAAUGUAAAUGAGCCCAGCGCGUGCUCCUGGCGCAGUGAAAGCUAGGAAUUGUUUAUUGAGCUCCCGGAGCCACGCGCCUGGCUUGCGGAGUCGGUGAGCUGAAGAAUCACACAGCGGGGCGGGGCCUCGCGGAGAAGCGUGCGUCUCCAGAGGGGUGGGGUGUGUGGGACGCGUGUUGAAAAAGAGGAGUGCUGCCAAAGUUUGGGUCAGAUCAGCUCGUGGAGUAAGCAAGAUCAGUCUAGAGAGACUUGGACUCAAGAUAGCCAUUGCGCGCUCAAGCCAGCCACACGGUCCACACGCGAAGGACACGAGAGUGGUGCACAGCCAAACCAAUUUGUUACUCUUCUUCUCCUGUUUCUGAGUGUUUCACUCCAGCAGCGACACCAACAUUGGCAGCCCUGUCUCAUCGCUGGAAGAGAUGGAAACUACCACCACCACCAUCACCACUACGCAACUGGCGCAGAACGCAUGCCCCUUUGAAAUGACUGAGAGGCGCGCCACAAUCACCCUGCACGCUCCAGCCCAGGAGUGCGCGCUCCCAUUAUCCCACCCCAACUCUACCGCCGCUGGUUACCAAAGCAAGACCAAGGUGCUGAAAAGACAGCGCUCCAGCUCACCGGAGCUCCUGCGCUGCAAGCGGAGACUCAGCUUCAAUGGCCUCGGCUACUCCAUCCCGCAGCAGCAGCCGGUGGCCGUGGCCCGGCGGAACGAGCGAGAGAGGAACCGGGUCAAGCAGGUCAACAUGGGCUUCCAGACGCUGCGUCAGCACGUCCCGAACGGCGCAGCGAACAAGAAGAUGAGCAAAGUGGAGACGCUGAGGUCCGCUGUGGAAUACAUCCGGGCUUUGCAGCAGCUUCUGGACGAGCAUGACGCGGUGUCUGCAGCGUUCCAGUGCGGCCUGCCGUCUCCAACCAUCUCCAACAGCUACUCUGCCGAUCCAGAGUCGCCACACUCCACCUACUCGUCAGACGAGGGCAGCUACGAGCCACUAAGCUCCGAGGAGCAGGAGCUGCUCGACUUUACCACAUGGUUUGACAGGUACUGAGAUUACAGUCAGCUAUGUCAUCACCUUCCAACCGCUGCACACCUGUGCGUAAAUGACUUGUCUACUUCUACCAGAAGCAAGUUAAACAACAAGAGUGUCAUUGACUAAAGUUAUUUGAUUCACCAUGCAAAUGAGGGCAAGACUGUGCGGGGCUGGCAAAGACUGUUUCUCUCCCCACUCCAGGAAGCUUUUGCAGGUGCAAAGCAAAUGAGAGAGGAGGCUAAGCAGAGAGCCUCUGGUUACCGUUGCUAUGCUACGAUAGAGCAGGGAGUUCAGCCGCCUCAAAGUCCUCGUCCGAACAACAGGAGAGAAAGAGAGAUUGUGCGCACGCUGGACAAAGCGUCGGGGGACGAGAGUCUGCCAAGCUGAGGCGUGGAAUUAAAGAAUUCGUCGACGUUUGAAUAAGUGCAAUUAAUACAAGACACGGGGCAGAGUGGAGAGUUGCACCACAAGCGGUGCGCUGUGGUUCCUGAGAGCUUUGCCGUCUUCAUCCGUUUGUUCCUCCACUGCUGCAUCUUGGAGGAUACAUCGAAGAUGACGCGCCAGCUGAUUGACACUUUUUGGUGUAAUCUACUUUUAUUCUUCACAUUUCAAUUGUGACACGAACUGUAUUGUUUAUAAUGAAGACAUAUUUUUGUACAUUGUGAUAGACAAAAACAAAAUGUCAGUGAACAAUAUAUAAACACUGCCACUUUCCUAUAAGAGCCCCACCAGAGUGUUGAGAGACUGAAUACGUGACGUGAAUUAGCAUGUCUGCGUUGUUGUGUGGCUGUUGAACACAUGUUAAGGCUACUACUGCUACCUGUGGAAGAUUGAAGGGUUUUUCGUGGUAUGGAGACCUUUAUCAAUGUAUGCACUUGUUCUCCAUUUUCCGUAGCCUAUAACGUACAUUUUAUCAGAUAUAUUUUGUGUAAAAUAAGUUUUAUAAAUAAAGACGAAU